UCCUAUCAACGAGCUGAUUGUUCUUCGAGUCAUAUGAUAAUUAUUUCAGUUCAUUCAAAGAUGCAUUUAAGGAACACGAGUCUUGACCUCAGUCAAUAGUCAUAAUUUGUUCUUAGUUCUGAUUGGAAGACAUAAAUACCUAGCCGUUGUCAAUAUAUAUUGAGGCUUAGAAUACUUUACUAAGACAAAGGGAUGAUUCAAGCUAAAGACAUACAAAGCAUUCUCAAAUCCUUAAUUUAGAUUUCUCGUCAAACAAAGGCUAUUCUUACUACCCAAAUAUCCAGAAAAUAUUUCUCACGCACUCUUCUAGAUGCCACUCUUCUCAUGGAAAGUUUCAAUAACGAAUACAAAUUCAAAAACAUGGCAUACAAUACAUUCCAAACUAAUGAUUUCCAAGGAGAUCAUGACGACGACUCAGUUCUCCUAGCUGAAACUUAUAGACCAUGCAAAACUCUCUACAUCUCGACCACUACCGAUACACACACGCUCUUAAAUCUCAGUCCAAGUUCUCGCAUAUCAUUUGUCAAAGCAACAUUCAUAAGUUCACUAUUUAAUAGAAAAAUCAUCCCUCGUCGUGAUUAUGAAUGUGCGUUUUCUUACGCAGAUAGAGAGUUAGAAGGCGAUGAGACGUUGGAAGAUUGUCAGAUUGGGGAUGAAGCAACGGUAAAUGCUGUUGUGUGGACUGGACGUGAUGAUGAGCAGAAAACUGAGAAAUCGAAACGUGUCAGAAGUGCACUGGAUUUAUCAGACCCAGAUGAAGACAUGGAACAAUCGAAUUUACUUCCUCAGCUUGCCCCCGUAGCUAAGAAGCGAAAGGUUAGAUUUGCUGAUGAAAUGGAUAUUGUGUCUCCUCCACCAACACCUUCUCACAGCCCAUCAACUUCAAAAGUUCCGGGCCCCCAAGAGUAUUCGAUGUCAGGUGCAUUAGGACAAGGAAGUAGAACUAUACAUUUCGACGAUACUUUGGUCCGAAAUGCUACUAAAGAUGCUUUCCCUCAAACAGGUUCUCUUAAAGAACUUCCACCGCCCAAGAGUUUGAAAUCUGCUUUAAAAUCACCGCCACCUUUCGAUAUAUAUACAGGACAAGAGAGUUUUAUUGUACCCGGAUACGAUUCUCUUGGGGAUCUCAUCGCACAACGAGAGAGUUCUAGACGAGAAUUGCGUAGAAAUAAUGAUCUGUCGUCAGAUUCAAGCCAAGUUAUCCCCAGAAAAAUGGAAUAUGGUCUCUCUCCAACUGUAGUACGUUUCGCUGCGCAAAAUUCAAAUCCACAACCACUGACGUCGGAUCCUUUACCUGCAGUACGGAACACCGUGUAUAUUCGACCUCCGGGCACUAAACCAAUAUCUAGAUCCUCACCCUCAACGUCGUUUCUUGGGUCGUUAAAUCCUGUUCGUGCUAGAACAACACCACCGACAGAUUCACAUCAAUCAUUGUUUUCUCCCCCUGCCGAGCAGACACCUUCGAUUCGCUCAAACUCACCGCACACAUCUCAAACAUUAUUCCCUUCCACUCAGAGAACUCCUUCGCUUAGUCCAGCAUCAAGUUUUACGCCUCAAACAUCGUUUCCUUUAACUCAGCAGAAGCCUUUAUUCAAAGAUACUGCACUGUCUCAUGCGCCAUCGACUUCAGGGGUAUUUUCGUUAUCGGACUUAUUGAUUAAGAAAUAUUUUCCUUCAACACCUCCGAUUGCAGCUUCUGAAUCAAUACUUAGACCAUCAUCUACUCUUCCACCUCCACCACCAAGUUCUCACUUCUCAACACAAACAAUACCAUCUAGUCUCCUCCAGUCAUUAAAUCCCUACUUUUCUGCCCCAUCGCCACCAUCGCCAUUUUUGCCAUCGUCUCGAUCACCUUCUACUCUACAAUCAUUAAAUCCUUAUUUUACAAACACAUCACCGCCUCCUCCGAAAUACCCUCCUUCUCAACCAAUACACCCUCACAACUACAAUUCACCACAACUUACAAAACAAUCUCCAAUGACGUCAGACUAUUUCCAAACAGCGCGUCGAAAAGCUACACCUUCAGAAUCUAAAUGCCACCCAUUACCCUCGCCUCUGCCACCUCUGCCUCCUCCUCAUGUUAGAAUCGAACCGCCAUCCCCAACACACUCACCAUACGCGCAUCGACCUCCUCCACCUGAUUUUUCAGAUCGUUUACAAGCUGAAUCUCCCUCAAACAUAAGUUUAGACGAUAACCCGCAGUCGGUGGCACCUACGAGACAACCACCACCACCUCCUCCUCCUCUUCGGCGCUCUCCUCGUCUUCAUACACCUUCUCCUUCUCCUCCAUCCUCUCCUGCUCAUAAACCAUACAAACUAUCCUACAUCCCCCCCUUCUAUAAAUACAACACUCUUCCACCCUCCCAACCCCCAUCAACUCCUCCACAAUCUUCCCUCCCAACCCCAGAACCUACACCCCCGAUACCAUCCUCAGGACCAAAAAUUCCACCACCCAUAAAACCUGCAAAAGUAUCCAGCAAUUCCAGUUCAAAACCAAUAUACUACUCUCCCCUGCAUCCGCUCCCAAAAGACUUUGCCCUCAAAGGCGCAGUUUUCAUCCCCUCACUCGCGCAUGAAAUCCUACCUGAAGAUUUCUUAGCUUGUACAACCGUAAAACAACUGAUCAAACUUCAGGGAUGGGAAAUGAGUGAGAGAGAAUGGUUAGCUGUGCGGGAAGUAUUGGAAAGUUGUAAGAAGGGGGAGGAGGGAGCUAGAGGGAACUUGGAGGUACUUGUUAAGGGGAUGGUUGAGACUGAGGAGUUAUGGGAGAUAUGAUAACAGGGGUUAAUUUUAAUGAAAGAGCUUGUGGGUUCAUGGGAGGACUGUGAAUAUUUGGAAGAUGUGCUUUCAUCGACGAAAUGACUUGGAAAGUGAAGGGGGAAGUUGCUACAAUACGCUUUGAUUUAAUGGUACUUUCUAGCGAGAUAAUGAGGCGGGAAAAAGAUGGAUGCAUGAAUACAUACCUAGAUUUAACAUGUUUCAAGAAAGAUACAAGAUUGACCAUGGAGAAAAUAAAAGAAGCAGGAGCAGAAGCAAAAGCAGGGGCCGCUAGAAGAUACAAAGCAGAUUUACAGAUAACCUUGAAUGGUACCAAGGAUACAAAUACCACAAUAGAUAUAGAACGCACAAUAGAUUUCAUUUCACUACACAUCUCACAUCUCACAUCUCACUUCCCCAAUAAUAUGAAUAACCAAUCCUGCAAUACCUACCCAAUA